CGCCGAUUGGCUGCGUGUUGUAGCCGCCGGUUCCGGGUCCGUCAGCACGCCGGCAUGGCGGGCGGCGGCCGCGGUGGUGACAAGUUCUCGGUGCUGCUGCCCACGUACAACGAGCGGGAGAACCUGCCCCUCGUCGUGUGGCUGCUGGCGCGCACCUUCCAGGACAGCGGAAAGGAUUUUGAAAUUAUCAUCAUAGAUGAUGGAAGCCCCGAUGGGACACAGGAAAUUGCCGAGCAAUUGGAAAAAAUAUAUGGAUCAGAUAAAAUACUUCUGAGACCCAGAGCAAGAAAGUUGGGCCUUGGCACUGCGUAUAUUCAUGGAAUGAAGCAUGCCACUGGGAAUUUCAUUAUUAUUAUGGAUGCUGACCUCUCUCACCACCCAAAGUUUAUUCCAGAGUUUAUCAGAAAGCAGAAAGAAGGCAAUUUUGAUAUUGUGUCUGGAACAAGAUAUAAAGGAAAUGGAGGAGUGUAUGGCUGGGAUUUGAAAAGAAAAUUAAUCAGUCGUGGUGCCAAUUUUCUGACUCAGGUUUUGCUGCGACCAGGUGCAUCAGACCUAACAGGGAGCUUCAGGUUAUACAGAAAAGAAGUCUUAGAGAAGCUAAUGGAAAAAUGUGUUUCUAAAGGAUACGUCUUCCAGAUGGAGAUGAUUGUUCGGGCUAGACAGUUGGGAUAUACUAUUGGAGAGGUUCCUAUUUCAUUUGUGGACCGUGUCUAUGGAGAAUCUAAACUGGGAGGCAAUGAAAUAGUCUCCUUCUUAAAGGGGCUCUUGACCUUGUUUGCCACAACGUGAUAGUUUAUCCUAAAUUAACUUUUUUAGGAAACCCUUUUCUGACAUCUGUGUGGUUUUUAGUACAUAAUAGCAGAAGCUUGAUAAUUUGUGUGGUGACCGGAAGACCUGCUAUAAACUAACAGUUAAACAAACCACCAGUAAUGAACUACAUAUGUUGUAUCCCACAAUGCUCCUUUCAAAAUAAAUGAACUGUAUGUUAAACUAAAACCUAAUAAAGACUAAUGCUCUGUUCUAUUUUUGUAACAAUAAUGAAGUCUUAAUAAAGAACUAAUGAUCUUUUGCA